AUGGACUGCGUAUGGAACUUUCCAAGCCCUGCGGCAAAUCUGCUCUACGUAACAGCCACAUUGGUUAUUCAUGAGUUAAUUCCCGUCAUUCUCAUGGUAAGCACAAACAUCAGCACAUUACAUACCCUAAAUCAGCAUUCCAAGACAAUAGGGGCCCAGAAGACCCUUAGCCGUGUUGCCUCGGAGCGUAAAGCAGCCCUUGUGAUUACCGUCCUCGUCAUUCUAUUUGUCACCUGCUGGGGAACCAAUGUGAUUGCUGUCAAUUGUUAUAACUUCACUCAAGGUUCUUCUUCCACUGCAUUCUUGUUGACUGUUGCAAAUUUUGGUGCCUACAUUUUUAUGGGCUUCAGCCCUAUGGUUUUACUUUUGGGACACAGUAAGUUACGAAAUAAAAUGCUAAGCCUUUUCUGUAUUGAAUGGAAACAUCAUCUUCAAGUCAAACCUGAAGAGAUCACAAGUAGUUGUGUGGCACAAAGUGGUAAUGUGACCAUUGUCAAGUUUUAG